GCCCUCGCUUGCCUCGCCGAGUUCGCGUGCGAGGACCCCUCGCACUUCGGGAAAAAUCAGGCUCUCGAGUGGAUCCUCAAGGGCCAGGAGCUCUUCGCUUGUUCGUGGGACACGGUCCAGAUCUUCCCCCCUAAGAAUGUCACGGACGCCGAGCUCGCUGACCGUGCGUGCAUUCGUUCUCCUGACAAAGUUCGGGUCUUGGGGCUUCGGAAUUGCGACCUCAAGAUCAUCUCCGCGGCGGUCAACCACGCCACCCGCCCUGCUUUGCAGGCGCUGGCACCCCUGUGCCAGCGCGGAUUUGUUCCUGGUCGGAACUUCGGGGUCAACAUUCUCGAGCUAGACGUCUCGAGCAGGAUGUUGUCUGUCACGCCACGCGCCUCCCGCGACAUCCCUGUCCUGUUCUCCCUCGGUAUCAUGCAAGGCUGCCCCCUCUCAGGCACUUUGCACGCCCUGGGCGCGGCCGCGUUCCUCGUGGACCUGGCCGAGAAGGUGGAGGGCCCUCAGGUAGGCCUCAUCAGAGCUUGUGCUGAUGAUAUCGGCGGCGCUCUGAGAUCCGCCCAGGCCCUCUCUGAGGUCUCACAGGUCAUGUCAUGCGCGUCGGCUAUGGCUAACUUGGACCUGAAAGCUGCGAAGUGCAAGGUGGCCCCCCUUUUCUGGGCCCUUCUCCGCGACGCUGGCCAGGGGGCGGUCACCACACUCUCUUACGUCGCGCAGCUCUGCUGGCCGCCGAAGUCCGCCCUCCAUCCAGAACUUUCGGUGCUUGCGCAGGUGUUCAGGCCCCCGUUAGGCGCGCUGCACCUGGACGCGUGCACCCGUGCUGCCACGCUCACCUUCCAAUGUUGGCCUCAGCGGCUUGCGAGGCUUCGUGCGCACGCUGAUGAACACCCUGAUUGGGCCACCCUCGACAUGCUCGCCGCGGGCCUUCCCUGCCCCAACUUCUGGAAGGCGCCCGCGUUCGUCGAGAAUCUGGAGGCCCACUCCCGCGGUGUCAUCCUCAUGUUCGCCCCCGCCCCCAUCCCCGAGCGGAUCGCCGGCCAGCACGCCAGAUCCUUGUGCUACGUGGAUUGGGACGCGUGCCAAGCCGUCCUUCGGAGCGUGUCCGCCGAGUUCGGCUGCCCCAUGCCUGCCUACAGCCUCGACCACACCCCUGUCGUGCUCACCGCCUACGUCACUGUCGGCCUCUUCCUCAACGGCACCCGCACGGGCAACAAGAAGGGCGGCCUCCAGCGGGUCGAUGACGUUGCCGCCGACCAUUUCGAGUUGUGGUUGCGUGACGCCGUCCUCGCCAUUCACGUUGUCGGCUCCAAUCGCGUGCUGUGCUCGAGUGACGCCGUCUUCGCCAGUGACGCUGUCGGCUCCAAUUGCGUGCUGUGCUCGAGUGACGCCGUCUUCGCCGGUGUCCGCAUGCGCUCCGCAGAUGGCGGCUUCUGGGUUGUCGAUUGCGUUGACGUCUCCUCCUUCGUGCGGUGCUUGGAUGUCGCCGCCCUCACCAGUGGCUUCGACGGCUCCGAUUUCGUGCGGUGUUUCGGUGGCGCUGUCCUCGCCUACGACGUUGACGACAGGCGUCCGGUGGCCUGCGCUUCCGAUCUGCACCAGCCCACCCCGGCCCAGGCGCACACGAUCACCUGGGGCAAGAAGACUGCCGUGGUGAUCGCCAACCCGUUGGCUGCUGUCGCAGCCGAUGCCUUGCCCCUGGAGGCGGGGCGGUGGGGCGGG